CCCUCAACAUCUUCCUUCGGAAACGCUAUUGCACAUGUUAUUUCCAUUCUCAAGUUCAUAAAAUGAGCAGCAGUCUGCUUCUGUAGUUUUCUCUUCGCCUAUUUCCCCAACAUUUUCCCUCGGAAUCGCUAUUGCAUACGUUAUUUCCAUUCUCAAGUUUAUAACCCGAGCAGUAGGUAAACGAGAGAGAGAGAGGAGGGGAGAGAGAGAGUCCUGGUUUUUAAAAGCUUCUUGUGCUUCUGAGAGACGGGCUCUUGAUACUGCUACAUCUGUUCCCAAUAUCACCACCCAUAGCCAUGACUGUAUUAAUGCACUGCUUGUGUUCUUUUAGCGUGGCAUUGUAGUGAUGCUGUUCGAUAUGAGUUUGGAGGGUGCCGGCUCCAUUGGUGCCUCAGAUGACGGGCUUCCUGACCAGAAGGCCUACGGAUUUGAUGGGGAGUUGAUGAAACGAGGGAGGGCUUCUGAGUCUCUUGAUGUUUACUCCAAUGACCUCCCGGCCACUGGUUUUAAUAGCAUCAAAAUGCUGAAGACAGAUGAGCUUCUGCGGUCAAAGCCAAUGCCGUCCCAAACAAGGGAUACUCCUUCCGCAUCUAACUCAUUCCCACAAGGGUUUCUUGGCGUCUCUUCUCUUCCUGAACUCGAUGGCUUGCUUAACAUCCCUGACUCUGUGCAGACUACAGCAUUUCCUUCUUUUCAGUCUCUUCAUACCAGAGUGGCAGGUUUGAGUUCAUCAAGUUUGAAUCGAAAUAUACAAGGAAUUCCAGUAAGAUUUGGAGGACCCUUUGCUGCCACUCAAUUGUUGGAACUCGAGCAUCAGGUCUUAAUAUUCAACUACAUGGCUGCAGGGGCACCAGUCCCCCCAAAUUUGCUCUUAACCAUCAGGAAAAACUUGGGUCCUUCUCCACCUUCUGCUAAUUCUUCUGCUUCGUUGGCACCCGAUAACGUGAGUUGGGGAUCGGUUCAUCUUCCAGUUUCCGGCAACGGAGAUGCAGAACCAGGCCGGUGCCGGCGAACAGACGGGAAGAAAUGGCGAUGUGCUCGGGAAGCUGUCACCGAUCAGAGGUACUGUGAGCGUCAUCUGAGCAGAGGCCGCCACAGAAGUUCAAGAAAGACUGUGGAAGGCCAAACUGGUAAUACCUCUAGCGGAAAGGGUGCUGCCUCUGCCCGCAUGGCGUUCCCUUCUGCUAGUUCCCCGUCUCCGUCACCGGCUUCAGACUCUCUAUCCAUGAAGCAACCACAAGUCAAGUCCUCCAAUACCUCCGCUGACCCCACCUCCGCUGCUGCCAAUUUCAGCAGUGCUCGCAUGUUCUCGAUUACCAAGUCCAAUCCUUGUGAUCCAAUGCCUAAUCUGAAUAGCAGUUCUUUUCCUUGUUCUGCAAAUCUCGAGAGUGGAUCGCUCUCAGCAGAAAAGCAGCAAUUUCUAUACCAGCAUUCCUCUAGAAUGAAGAACGGCUUCAAUCUGCUGUAUAAUGCGCAGAGCAACUCAUACUUGCAGAGCAGGAACUUUGGCCUUCGUCAGCACCUGAAGACAAGAGCACCUGAACAUGCUCAGUUUUUCCGUCCUUCCACCCAUGGCAGGCCUAAGAUCGAUGAUGUCCAAGAAGAAGCAACUUCACUCGCCACCUCUAUGCCUGCUGCCACCUUGGGUUCUUCUUCAUCGUCCUUGUCAUCGCCAAUGCCAGAGCAACUUGCGCUCUUACCAUUGAAAUUUGCGCGUGAAGUGCACCCAAUUCAGAUGGGACUAAGUGUGGGAGAUGCAAACUGUUCAUCCCCAAAACAGACUUACUGGGUGCCAAGGUCGUGGGAGACGCCAUUUGGGGGUCCUCUUGCGGAGGCAUUGAAUUCCACGAACGUCACAACCAACUCCUCCAUGGAAGCGAAGAAUUCCUCUGCUCUCAACCUCAUAGCACGAGGAUGGGAUGCAAAUUCGCCGCUACAGUCAUCCCCAACUGGUGUUCUGCAGAAGACAGCAUUCGGAACACUGUCCUGCAGCAGUGCAGGGAGCAGCCCAAGGCCUGAGACCAGCAAGGUUAAUGAGGACUGCCCCCCUGAUGAUCCCCUGGUUCCAUCCCUGUGAAUUCUGCAACCAACAGUUCAGUCUUCUUGAUGCAUUCUACAGAGGUAAAUCUGACUGGCAACAGAUACCAAAUACUGUGGCCUUUACAGCUACGAAAAGGAGAAACCAAGAGGAAAAUAAAUGCGUUUGGAAUAGGAAUAGGCGCUUCCGUUACAGCGACCUCAUGUUUCUCUCGUUGUCCUUUAGUUGAUGUUUUCUGAAACUUGGCUUUUCUGUGAUACCAAACCAAAGAUCGAACAUUUUGUUUCUUUGUUUCUUAUUCCUUUUGUAAUCCAGCAAUGGGUGCUAAGAUCUGAUAUUAAUUUUAUCUAUCCUUAUUGCCAAAUAAUUCAUUAGCAA